AUGACCUAUGCGUUGCCUGGGAACACCUUUUCCCCAACGGCCUAUCCCUUCUGGUUCCUCGAGCUCCCACAAAAGAUCCAGGAAAAGUUCUAUGAGUACGUCUAUGGAGAGAAGCAGUCAAGACGAGUAUUCAUGGUUGAAUCUACGGCACUAAAUCGGGGAUACUAUAGACCAUAUAAUGGCACUAAGCUGGUGGUCCGUGGAUAUGACUACGAGAUCCUCGCACAGGUCAGCAAAAAGGUUAGGGCAGAUUCACACAAGGCACGGCAGCGAUCGUUCAACGGCCAGAUGACGAUCUUUUGGGGUAAAGACUGGGACUCGACGCCAUACAAGAAGAUCUGCGAACCUCGCUGGGAACUACUGCGGGGCCGAAUCACCAAGCUCGUCAUCUACAACGUGUCGGGCAGAAAUGUUGAAAGUGACUUUCCCGAGGUCUGGAAGAGGAUCCCAACAUGCUUCCCUCGAGUGGCCGAAAUCAGAGUCCACUGCAACGCGUACCGCUACAUUAUCGACAGCGGAUCUAGGCCAUGGAUAUUGCCCAUCCCGCUUGCAAUAAUCUUCGACGAAGCCUUCAAGAUAAACUUGACUUGGGCGUAA